AAAGCUAGAUUGCAGACGUCUUGUUAUUCAGAUAAUUGUAUUAUUAAUAAUAGACUAUUAAUACAUAUAGACUAUUAUUAUUAAACAUCAAGUAUGAAUAACGAUUUCCUGGCGCAGACUCCGUACAAGAAAAAACUCUGCAACAACUUCUUAAAGGGAAAUUGUCCUGCUGGAUCGGAUUGCACCUUUGCGCAUGGACUCCGAGAACUGAGGUCUUUUGAGAAUCAGAUUUACAAGUCGCAGCUAUGCACUGCUUUUGAACAAGGAGGAAUUUGUCAAAUGGGAAAUGACUGUCUGCUGGCUCAUGGUGAAACUGAAAUUCGAACUGAUGACAUCAUGCCUUCAAUUGCAGAACACCAUGAUACCCUGAAGGAACCCAUGUCGAGUAGAUUGGUUGGAAACACGUCUUCAAAGAAUAUACCUGAGAUCAAGAAAGGGACCUAUAAAACGGCGCUGUGCAUCCACUUUAUGAAACAUGGAAGUUGUCAUCUGGCCUCAUCGUGUACAUUCGCCCAUGGCAAGGAGGAACUCACAAAUGUCUCUUCACCUGACCCAAACGACCCCAAAUACAAGACAAAGCUGUGUCUAAGGUACGAGCAGGAUGAAUUCUGCCCCAAUGGUGAAUUUUGUGUGUUCGCGCACGGGGAAGCAGAAUUGAAAGUUCAAGGCAACUUGGGAGGGAAGAACAAAGCCCUGUACAAGACUAGUCUCUGUCACAACUACAGUUCUCUUGGGGUGUGUCCUAGUGGAAAGAACUGUUCUUUCGCACAUGGCAGAUUCGAGCUGAGACCUGUUGGGUUUGAUGGUGACUUUGACGCCAAGAUAGCUGAGAACCCCAAGUGGAAGUGUGUUCAAUGUAAGAUCUACCUGCAAGCUGGACACUGCAACAGAAUCAACUGCGACUAUGCUCACGGGGAAGAGGAGUUGAGGGUUGAAAACCCAGAUGCUCCCAAGGUAAUCAGAGGAAAUUACAAGACAGUGCUGUGCAAUAACUUCAUGUCUCGAGGCUACUGUUAUCAUGAGGACUCCUGCACUUUUGCGCAUGGGGAACCCGAACUUACUGCUGGCAAGGACGCCACGACUGCUCUCAAAUUAAUCCGAGAGACAAAUGCUCUUCGGAAGCGACCGAAGAAUGAGAUGGCUCAUUCCACUGCUGGUAUGGCGGGAGCUAUGGCCGCAGCAGCAGCAGCGCAGUAUGCACCGAAUCCCUUUAUGGCGGUAGCAGGCUAUCCAGACCAGAAGUUGUUCGCAGAGUUCAUGGAAUUUAAGAAGAUUAAGCAGCAGACGGAUGCGGCAGGAUAUCCUAGAGGAAACUCAUCCUUGAAAAGGGAUACGCUUCUUGUAAACAUGUCGCAAGGUGGUGUCUCGCCUUACUACAGUGGAAAUACAGCAGCCAUGCGACCGCCCGCUGGAAUACCGGCAAUGCCUGGAGCCUACGAACCCCUGAAGGUGAUGAACAACGCAACGGGACAUGCGAUUCCAGUGAGUGAACUCAUUUCUCAGACUACGGGGUCAUACUAUCAUGCAGGAGGUUACAGGAAUGAUGACAUUUCGAGAGGACAAGGCGGUGGGAAGCGAGAACCCCUGAGACAACGCAACGUGCCUAUGAAUGGAAAUAAUGGGGGCAGAUACGAAAGACAGAGAAUGUACAACUCAAGAGCAGGUGGUCACCAGGACUAUAAUUAUUAAACACCAUCUCAAAAAGAAUCUGGAACUCAAGAUGCGUUCAUAAUUUAAAAAGGAUUCUUAAAUUUAAAACGUGAAAAACUUUGAAGGUGCAGUGAAAGAACUUGGAUCAAAAAAUGUGUUCAAGUUGAAGUUCUUUUAAGCUCGAGAUAUGAAAUAUCUCGGUCUGUUACACGUUGGGUUGCUAUUAUUCUAUCAUUUAUGAUGAUUUAUAUUCUAAUAUGGUAGUAAUAUGUAUGACGAGUAUUAAUCUAGUAAAGUAAAUAAGUUAUCUUAUUUCUCGUUCAAGUCACGGUUAGCAUUCAUCGAAGCCGAGAAAAGUACUCGCAGUAAUUAUUUUAACAUCUCAGACAAAAUCUGGAAUAUUUCUGGAAAUUAUCUUUGAGAACUAUAUAAUUUCCAGAUUUCUAUAUUUGUGUUCCCUGUAAUAUUCCAAGAAAUUGAGAAUACUUUGUAAUGUUGAUGUUAUGUGAAUAACUACUGCUAAAAUGUUCUUUGAAAGCUGAAGCAUUUCUUGAUUAUUUCUGUCGAGGUGCUUCGCGAUUAGUACAUGUUGCAUUGUUUAUUCGUUGUGUUGAAAAUACGAGUUUUAGUCAAUGCUA